UGGUAAGCGAUUCAGCCUAUCAGGCUUUACAGAACAAGUCUCAGCCCUGCUAGCCUUACGUCCAUCAGGCAACUAGACUUGUUAGAGCAUAAGCAGAGGACUGAGUUCUCCCAGCCUCAUGUUUGUGAAUCUUUGGGCACUUUUUAUCAUAAACAAAUAAUACACUUUGAGGAAUUUUGGAUCUCGAAUCUUGCUCAUGAGCCACUUUGGGUAGAACCAGUCCUGACAACUGCAAAUUGUUAAUAAUGAUAUAGAUGUCAAGAAUCAGGAAGAAGAAAACUCUUCUCCUAAAUUCAAUGCUUAAAACACAAGAAGACGAUGCCUAUGGGAUAUCAGCAAACCUUGAGCAUCAAGAGAGUGCUGCAAGCUCAAUUUCGGCCUGAAGCAGACCCAAGAGAAAACAGUUUCAGGGACCCAGUGGCAAGUUUACCAGAAAUUCGCUAAAUUUCUCGAAAAAAAAACCCCAAAUAAUCAUCAAAGACAGGAAAUGCUUAAGGAGAGUCUACCUGGACUCCAAGCCUGCAAUAAUGCACAAAAGAUCAGGGACUUAUCAGAAAUUGGUGGACAUCACCACUAAUUUUGCUGACAACUCUGCCAGCACAAAGAGUCGCACUUCCUUGAGCAAGCUCAAGGAAGUGCCCUCUUUUUCUGAACUCCCACUGAUUGAAAAUUCUGAUGAGGACACCGCCAUCAGAAAGAGCUUACACUGGGAUACUUCUGCUUCUGCAAUCUCACUGGAGUACCACUCCUGUGAAUGCACAGAUGCAGGCAGCACUUGUGGCAAGUACUGACAGUUCAUCUCAAGGAAAUCACACUUCUUAAAUUUUCUUCGAAAAUUUAAGAAGGAGGUUUCAGAUAAGAAGCUGUAUGCCAUCAGUGCCCCUUGGUGGGCCCAAUGGUGAGACUAUGUAAAUGUUCCUUUCGGAACAUUUACGAGAGGCUCUAGGCCCACUAGUGAUGGGAGAUUACCAUUGGACCUCAGCCCUUGGAUACAAGACUUCGAAGAGUCCUAUGAUUCUUACUUUGAUGAGUAUGUCAGGCCUGGUGAAAUCAUCAAUGCAGGUAUCAUUGAGGUUUUACCUCAAGAUACUGAGGAAGAAAGAGUUACAGACUCUUCCUUCUCCUUAGUUUCUGAUUCAAGCUCUUCAAGAGAUAACUGUAAUGUGAUGUUGUCAAACACUGCUCGAGAGAACUAUGAUUAUGUACCAUGUCUAGGAAGUUCAUUGAAAAUGAGAAGGGAAAAUUGGCAAAUUUAUAAAAAAUUAAGAUCUAGAAUUAUUCGAUCUCUAUUCACAAAAUUAUUGUGCAAGAAUCAGGCUGCAAUGCCAUUCAGCCAACAAUUUAGCAGCUACUCUUACAGAGCGAUGGCGUUUAUUUGGUGUGUUUCUCAGAUUGAAGCUGAAGUAUGAGGAUAGUUUCCUUGAAGUCUGUACAGCUGAAGAAGGUCCAAUGGUUUUAUGCUUAGCCAUGACAACUUGAGUGUUCCCAGUACUUAGACUUGGUGAAGAUAACGGCAUACAUGACGAGGGAGACACAAUUAAAGAACCAAGACAAACUAGAGCUGAGUAUCAGAAUUACACAGUGAGAGAAUAGUCCCUUCAUGGUUCCACAACGGGAUGAAAUAAGUCAAUCUUAGGUUUGCUGGACUCAAAAUACAUCCAGCUCUUUUGUAAUGGUUUAUUUCUCAAAUUUUGAACCACAAAUCAAAAUAGAGAUCGGUGAGCUCUCAUUCGUGUAUGAAGCCAAUCUUAAGAACCUAAACUACAGAAAAUGAGCCUUAAAGGCUUCUAUAGCACAAGUCAGAAUUUAGAUUAAAUUUUUUAUUAAAAUUCAUGAAGCUCAGAUUUCAAUGCUAACAAGAUCACGAGGCUUUGAGCCAAGACUUAUCCAAGCAUGUUGGUCAAUAUUAACUUAUCUUUAAGCUAGAAGAAGGGGUCCAAUUCUAAUAAAUACCUUUAUAAAUGCUAUCCUUAAGUUAGCCUAGCCUAAAUCUGGAUGAAGUCUUGAAGCUUCUAUACAAAACUGGCUCUUCCUGCUGAGCAAAGUACCAAAUCUGGAGAUCAGUAUGUCUGAUCAAUUACUUUACAAACUUCACUCGUCUCUCUGGGAGGAUGGAAGACUUGUGAUACAUAGCAAAAAGAGUGCAGAGAGAUUUCUGUGUUGAGCAAUUCAAGCAAAAAGCAUCCCCAUUUUGUACUAAAUAUUUAUCUAUUACUGGCUCAUGAGUACGGGAGUCUUCAGAUAAUCUGGAAUACAUAAAUUUAGCUUCCAUUACCUAUAAAGCGUUUUACUCUAUUAAGAAAAUGAGCAGGAUAUUUGAAAGAUAAAUUAAGAGGUUGAUACGCCCUCAUCUGCCUAAGCCCAGAUAUAUCAGUUCCUCCCAUUCAGGUAUAAUUAUAGAUGAUGGAAGUGUUUCAGGAUGCUAUCCAUUGAGUCAGUUGCUACCUACCAAUCCAGACGACCGGAAGGGAAUAGUCCCUCCCUACAUGUCCCAGGUGCUGAUUCUGGGUUUAGUGCAGAACAAAAUCCAAAACCCAAGUUCAAUAGACAAAAGAAGGGCUGGUACUAGUAAACUCACUAAUCUGGAGAUACCUAAGACGUAGCUUUGGUUGUGACAUAGAAGUCUAUGUCAGAGACCCAGAUCUAGCCACUGAAGAUGGCCUUGACCCACCUGUAUAAUUUCCUAAUAAUUUUGUACCCAAAUCGGGAUUAAAGCCUGU